GUAAGCCAAGCACGGGCACUCGGGUGUACGGCCCGCCCCCGCCGCGGAGGUGCCGGUGGAGCUUGAGACCGGGCGAGUCUCCGCCCCGCUUUUGCAGCUAGGAGUGUGUUUUAGGGGGGAUUGGGGCAAACCAAGCAGGCGAGGACCCGGGCCUGUGCCGCUGUUUGCCUAUCCCUCAUCCCUCGGCACCAAGGCUACUCGAGCCCCAGGGUGUUUUUUCCUUGUUCCCGCCACCUCCUGGUCCCUGGCCCAACAUGAUACUGACCAAAGCUCAGUACGAGGAGAUAGCCCAGUGCCUAGUGUCUGUGCCGCCCACCAGGCAGAGCCUGAGGAAGCUGAAGCAGAGGUUUCCCAGUCAAUCGCAGGCCACUCUGCUGAGCAUCUUCUCCCAGGAGUACCAGAAACACAUUAAAAGAACGCAUGCCAAGCAUCAUACUUCGGAAGCAAUUGAAAGUUAUUACCAGAGGUACCUGAAUGGAGUGGUGAAAAAUGGAGCUGCCCCAGUGCUCCUGGACCUGGCCAAUGAGGUGGACUAUGCACCCUCAUUAAUGGCUCGGCUUAUACUGGAGAGGUUUCUACAGGAACGUGAGGAAACUGCACCCUCCAAGUCUGUUAUAAAUAGUAUGCUACGGGACCCUUCUCAGAUUCCAGAUGGAGUUCUAGCAAAUCAGGUCUAUCAGUGCAUUGUGAACGACUGCUGUUAUGGACCACUGGUGGACUGCAUCAAGCAUGCCAUUGGUCAUGAGCAUGAAGUCCUGCUGAGAGACUUACUUCUAGAGAAAAACUUGUCCUUCCUUGAUGAAGAUCAGCUCCGUGCAAAGGGUUAUGACAAAACACCAGACUUUAUUUUACAAGUACCAGUUGCUGUAGAAGGGCACAUAAUUCACUGGAUUGAAAGCAAAGCCUCAUUUGGUGAUGAAUGUAGCCACCACGCCUACCUGCAUGACCAGUUCUGGAGCUACUGGAAUAGAGUUAAAGCAGACAAAGAAUGCCUCUGAGAAGCAUUUGGACCAUAAAUAUAGGCCCAAAUUCUAUAAGGCUACCAGAAAAUGCAUUUACUUAUGAAAUCAACACACAAAAAGUCUUCUUAUCCUAUUUCUCUAAUCAAAAGGUGAGUUCUUUGACAAUUUGGCCUCUAUUACUAAGUAUACUUUUAUACUGAGAGGAUGACUUGUAAAGAGAGAAACCAAUAGUACCAGUCUAAGAUCAGGUGACAUAUAUGUUCUCUAACAUGUGGCCUUUCAAAGAGGCAGGGACAGACACCUUGUCCUUACUUUUGGUGGGUCAGUUUGAAUGAAAAUAUUGAGUGACCUUAAUGACAGAGAAAGGGCCAUAUGCUAUAAAGCACAUGAACAAUUACCAACAACCACUGAUCAAGAACAUGGAAAUUGCAACCGCAAGUUUCAACCCCUCCAUCUGCCAUUCCAGUCACAUUCUGGCACGCUCUCAUUAGAGACAUCUCUUUACAACCAAAGUGCACUUUGUUGAUACACCUCUCUGCUUCUCUCAAAGAAAAUCUAAGCUUCUUGGCUCGAACAAAUGGGGCAAAAUUUGGUUUUUCAAUUUAGUGAUCCUUGAAGUACUGGGAGGAAUAUUGGGUUUGAAUCCAGAGUAUGCCACUUUCUGGUCCCAUGACUGGGAACAAUUUACUGUAUUUUCUCAAUAAAAUGGACUGAAUAAAACUUUUUUUGCCCUCUUACUCUGAAGAUCAGUUAUUUAAUAUAUACAAAGCACUUUCACAGUGCCUGGCAGUCAAAAAAAUAUUAGUUCCCCUCUGUCUCUUUUUCUGUAUGCCACUGAUGAAGUUUAGAGGUCUUCCGAUUAGACAUUUUUAAUUGCCUUCUUUGCCACGUAAACUAGUCAGCUAAUUUCAGCACUCACCUUGGCUGACAUCUCUUUGAGAAACCUUCCUGCAUUCCAGGAUUGGGUUUGGUGCGCCUCCUGUGUUUUGCUAAUAAUUUCAUAACAUCUAUCAAACAUUGUCAUUGCUUGCUUAUUUGUCAACCUCCUCCAAUUAAUAUUGAGUUCCAUCUUAUCUACUGGUUUUAUCCAUCUUUGGUUGCCCAGAAUCUGGCACAUAGUAGGUGAUAGUAGAUAUUUAUUGAUUGUAUUUACUGAUGUCUGACGACAAUAAUGGUUUGAAUCAGCCUUUGAGGAAUUUGUCAGGCAUUGUGACAUUAAGCCAUGAUACAAUCAAAUUUUUUUCUUUGAGAAUUCAACUCGGAGGAUAGUGAGGAAAAUACCUAAUUUUUCUGAAAAACUUUUACAGACUUUUCAAAUGUAUAGGCUUUUGCAGUCCUGUUUCAUGAAAUAGAGCAUAAAUGUAUUUAACAUAAGGAAUUUUAAAAAUAGAAAAUAACUGAGAACUAAAUGACAAAUUCACUUUAUAAAGGUUUUUAGAUAAAUAUUUAUAAUCUUAUGUUGGUCGGUUGCUUUCCCAAAACUUCAGAGAGUUCUCUCAUUUGAAAUUUGACAUAGAAUACCUUGAGAAUUCUAAGCAGAGGAUAAUCUCUAGUCUCUUUAAGGGAUACAUGAAACUGGGCCUUGAGCAAGAGUACAAAUGGAGCCUUAUAUACUACGUGUCUAAAUAUGUAAAGUUACAUAUUAGGUUAACAGACCUUAAAUAUAUUCCAUUCUGCGUGAAGAGCUGAAAGUUCAGAUUUGCAUAAGAAUUCCUAGAUUCCUUGGAUUUGCAGGCUACGUGUGUCAGUGCAGGGAGCGGUGGUCCCACUGCACAGCCUGCCUUCCUUUUCUUCCCACCCUCAGCUCCAUCCUACACCUGGAAAGGUGUCAAGCACACACCAGGUCUGCGUAGCCAAGCUCCAUGUACAUUCCCAUAAGCUACGGCUCUCAGGCCAGAGUUGCACACUCUGGUAGUCUGCCCUCUUAUCAGGUGAAUGAACCUGAGAGAAAGGGCCAUCCAGGCCCUGGGAGUGGUCUCGGGGCUAUGAGAUCAGGAAGUUCUGAGGUCACUGAUACCUGGAAGGUGGCCUAGAAAGUGGUUGAGGGAACAGACAUCAGGUGGGGAUGUUCCCUUGGCCCCAUAAACUCCUUACUCUAUGGAUUCAGAUAUAACUAGACAGUGGCUAGAGCAGAGUUACCUAAAGCUUGGGUUCAGGACAUGGACCUCUCUUGAUUGACUGUAAAGGACAGUAUUAAAGGAAGCAGGUGCAUAGAUCUUUCAAAGCCAUUUCUUGUUCUGGUGUUAGGAUAGGAGGGGAGAUGAGCACCGGAGGAAAUAUGGUCUUGAUCACAUGUAUGUACCACGGAAACGAUUAAGAGCUGAGUUCUAUCUGUCAGAUUUUUGAAGCUUUGGCUCCAGAGUGUCUGCUCUCCUGAAGGGAAUGCUAAGCUAAUACCUUCUGCCACAGAAUUGAUUUGACUUUAGUUCAUACCUCUAAGUAUUUUUUAAAGAUCAGUUAUUUACUCAAUGGUCUGGCAAUUGCUUCCUCUGGUUUGUGAUAGCCUGAGAGGAGAGGCUUAGAAUGGGAAUGCCAACCAGUUAGAGUUCAGGAAGGUAUUUUUCAGAGCAUGGCCAAAGUUUUUCCUGUAUUAAGAUACUUUGAGGAACCCUGCAAUUAGCCAAAUCACAGAUUUCCAGUUAUUUCGGUCUUGUUAAAAACAAGGCUGAUCACAUCUGUCUUAAGUUGGAGUAUGUGCCUCAGCAAUAGAAGCUCUUGCAAACCUUCAAUUACAGCAGCCUCAGAAGCAGCACUGCUGCCAUAUACUAUCAAGUAGCAACAACAAGCGACAGAUUGACUAAUAAUUAGCAAAUGCUCUGGAGAGGGCUUCGAUAAAGGUGAAAUAUAAUAAUUUGCUUUUUCCAUCUCUUAAAAUUGAGUUGGUUUGGAGAUAUUGAUGUCCCAUUGUUUCAGACAGAUACUUGACACUGUUGUUGGCUGGAGUAACCUCAGAAUAUUUUGUCAGAGUGAGGGAAGUGUUUUCUGUAUAUAGAGUACUUUGAUAAAAAUGACUUCUCAUAAUGGUUAUAAUGGUUAAGUAUCAUUUUUUCAGCAUGCAGAAUGUGAAUAACAAGACUUUUCUAAGUGAAGAAUUCAUAUUUUCUGCCAUCAUUCAUUGAUUUUAACAAAACUGAGCAAAGAAUAGAAAUGUUACCUUAGGCCUUUAGAGUGAUAUUCGUAAUAAGGAGAUAAUUGUUGAGAAACCAGAAUGACUUACAUCAAAGAAAACAGAUCUAUAAAGGAAUGGCAAGGAAUUAUAGUUUCUCCGGCUAGAAAGACAUCUAAAUGAUUACUCUUUUCAAGCAUAUGUAAGAUUUUUACAAGAGUGGUAUAUUGACCAGUUUCACAAAUCCAGGCGACCAGAAAAUUCUUACGAGGAUGACUUGCCAUUGACACACACUAUGACAAAGUUAAUCUGAGUCAUGUCUAGCUCAGAAAUGUUACCCCAAGCCAAACCAACAAGCAAAGGAUUGAGUGGCCAUUCUAAGAAUGGAAACACAGCAUUAUGAUCAUCCAGAGAGGGUAAGGGAAAAAUAAAGAGAGUUUACCAAUAGGAAGUGAAGUUGGGAGCACAGUUCGUGUCAAGAACCCAAGAACACGGAGUCCAUUUCUGAGGCUAAGUCUAGAAUAAUGGAGAUCAGGUCAAAAUUGAUACUAAAAAGGCUUGGAGUCUAGCAUAAUAAUUCUCCAACUUUACUGUGUGUUAAAAUCACAUGGGGGUUGUUUUUAAAAUAUUGAUAUUGGCUUUACCCUUAGAGAGCUAGUUUAAUUGGUGCGCAAUGCAGCCUGUACUCUGGGAAUUUGUUUUGUUCUCGUUGAAAACUAUGAGAUUAAUCUGUAUCUAACAUUGAAGUCAGACUCUUCUUUACCUAGCCUCAACUUGCUAGCUAGCCUUAGCAUUCCUAGCUUAUCUGCUUCCAAACAGUCUUGAUGAAAUAGUUGCUUUAUGAAGAAAUACAGGUCCAGGUCAGCAAACAUUUACAGGCACUGUGUUAGUCAGUAGAGAGUCAGCCCCUGCCUUUGAGGGGUUAACAGUGAGAACUGAGCAGUAAACUACAGAGGCAGCACCUGAACCCAGGUCUCUCUGUGAACCCCACACCUAUGCUCUUUCUACUCUAUCGGGCAGCUUCAUAUCUUUCAUGGGGAUAAAUAUGUUGGAAGAGUUUACUUACUCUGUCAGUUAAUGGGCUUGCAAAGCUAAAACUAAAACCCUCUCCAGCAUACAAGUUUUAGAUAUUCACCUUCAUAUGGUUGGAGAAGAUGGACCAUUUAUUCUCUGUUCUUCAAGAGCCUAUAUUCUGUAUUUUAAGAAACGACUUUAUUGAGGUAUAACUGACACAGAAUAAACUCAUAUUUAAAGAGUACAAUUUAAUGUUUUGUAUAAACCUAUAAAAUUAUCACCAUGAUAGAGAUAGUGAGCAUACUUACCACCCCUAGGUUUCCAGAUGCCCCUUUAUAAUCUACCUUCCUAAUCCCUUCAAUUCUCCCUGCGCCCUGUACCCACUGAUCUGCUUUCUGUGACUGUUGAUUAGUUUGCUUCUUCUACUGUUUUAUGUAAACAGAACUAUGCAGCAUGUACUCUUUUUUGUCUAGCCUUUUUCACUCAGCAUAAUUAUUUCAGGAUAAUGUACAUUGAAUAUAUCAAUAGUUCGUCUUUUUAUUGCUGAGAGGCAUUAAGUUGCAUGACUGUUCCACUGUUUAUUUAUCCAUUCACCUGUUGAUGGACAUUGGGCUUAUUUUUAGUUCUGGCUAUUACUAAUAAAGCUGAUCUGAACAGUUUUGUAAAAUGUUAACAUGGUUUCAUUACUCUUGGGUAAAGAUGUAAUGUAAUUUCAUACCUGGGAGUGAAACGACUGGGCCAUAUGGUGGGAAUAUUUUUACCUUUUUACAAAAUGAGUAAACUCUUUUCUGAAGUGGUUUUACCAUUUUAUAUUCCCGCCAGCAGCUUACGAUAGUUCCAGCUGCUUCCCAUCUUCCUCAUCACUUGGAAUGGUCAGCCUUUUAACCCAAGGCUUUCUAAUAGUUGUGUAAAAAUGUGUUCAUGUGAUUUUUUAAUUUGCAUUUUUCUAAUGAUAAAUUAUGUUGAGAAUCUUUUCAUAUGUUUAUUUGCUACCUGUUUUCCCUGGAAAAGUUUCUCUUGAAAUCUUCGCUUCAUUAGUUAAUUGAGUUGUUUUCUUAUUAUUGAGUUUUGGGUAGGGCAUUUUUAUUUUACAUUUUAGUAUUCUGGAUAUAAGUUUCUUGCCUGCAGAAAUGGUUCUGGAACCCUUUUUUGAGAAGACUCUCUUUUCUCCACCUAAAUUACCUUUGUACAUUUGUCAAAAAUCAGUUGUUCAUAUAUGUAUGGGCCUGUUUCUGUAUUCUCUAUUUGUUCCAUCAUCGGUUUGUCUAGACCAAUUCAACACUGUUUUAAUUACUGUAACAUUAUAAUUUUGAAAACAGUAGGUCCUCCAAUUUUGUGAUUCUUUUCAAGGUUAUUUUUUGCUAUUCAAGAUCUUUUUUACCAUAUGAAUUUUAGAGUCAGCUUAUUAAUUCCUAUAAAAGCCUGCUGGGAUUUAGAUUGGGAUUACAUUGAAUUUACAGAUCAAUUUGGGAAGAAUUAACGUCUUAAUAUUAUUGAGUCUUCUGACCCAUGAACCUGGCAUCUCUCCAUUUAUUUAGGUCUUUUAACAUUUUUCUCAGAAAUUGUUCUGUAGUUUUCAGUGCACAAAUCUCACAUUUUUUGGAGAUGAUAUCUAAGUAUUGAUUGAAUAAUGGCUAUGUAAAUACUUUAUAGUUCUUAAUAAUAUUGGUAGUGAUAGUUUUAUUUGUUUCCAUUUGUUCAUUGCUACUGUAGAGGAAUACAGUUGAUUUUGUAUUUUGAUUUUCUGUACGGCAACCUUAUAAAACCCAUUUAUUAAUAGUUUACCUAAUUGGUGGAUGUGAUAGAAUUUUCUACAUAGGCAACUAUGUUGUUUGUGAAGACCAUUUUACUUCAUUUUCAAUUUGUAUGCCUUUUUUUUUCUUUUGCUUCAUACAAAAGUGAAUGGUAAGAGUGGACAUUGUUGCCUCGCUGCUGAUUUUAGAAGAAAGAUUUUCGAUCUUUCACUGUUAAAAAUGAUGGUAGGGGUGAGCACAAGGGACUUAUGCCUGUAAUCCCAGCACUUUGGGAGACCAGUGCAGGCCAGGGCUCAAGACCAGCCUGGGCAACAUAG